AUGGCGCCCCCCGGGGGAGAGAGAGCGUCCGAGGGGAGGAUGAUGAAGACCGUGGUAUGCCUGGUGUUGGGACUCUUCCUCCAGGGGGUGGUGGUAGCUGGGCUCUCCAGACACGUACGGCAGGUGGACCUCGACACGUACGACUCGGCGAACUACGACGUCGAUCUGGAAAACCUGACCUUGGAGACGCAGGACAUCUACGACUACAAUGGCGCAUUGGCUAUCGAUGAACCGGAGGUAAACACGCUCUCGACCACUGCCACAGAGGAGUGGAUUCACAAACGGCAGAGAGGCGGAGCGGGCGGUCGCUGCUCUCCGAGACGCAGCGUGAGUGUGCAGCGCCCCCGUGUGGCCAGAGCCGGGACUGUGGGGCAGCGGCAGCAGCAGCAGCCCCAGCUGGUUGACAUCAGGAUAGAAAUCGGCACGCUGGCGCCCCUGGUGGACAGUUACCAAGCCUCCACCGCCUCCCUGGAGGAGGAUGACGACUUUCUACUCAGGCCCUUUUCCUCCAGCGCGUCGAGCGCGUCCAGCGCGUCCAGUGCGAGUGCGUCCAGCGCCUCUAGCGCCUCGAGUGCGUCCAGCGCCUCUGGGGAAUCCGGGGUCCUGAUGGGCCCUGACACUGGAGGUCUGCCCACCUGUCUGCUCUGCACCUGCCUGGGGGGGUCGGUGUACUGCGACGACACAAGGCUGCAGAGUGUGCCCCCCCUCCCCAAAGAGACCACUCACUUCUACGCUCGCUACAACAAGAUCACCCGGAUCCACAAAUCCGACUUCGCUCAUAUGAACAACCUGAGGAGGAUCGACUUGACCAGCAACCGGAUCUCGGCGAUCGACGAGGACGCCCUGUUCGGCCUGCCGGCGCUGGAGGAGCUGGUGGUGCGGGAGAACAGCCUGGCCCGGCUGCCCGCCCUGCCCGCCACCAUGAGCCUGAUCGACGCCAGCCACAACCACCUGGGCGGCAAGGGCAUCCAGAACGAGGCCUUCAAGGACAUGCACGGCUUGAUGUUCCUCUACCUGACCGACAACGACAUCGGCUACAUCCCUGUGCCUCUACCCGACAGCCUGCGCUCGCUGCAUCUACAGAACAAUAACAUCCAGAUGAUGCACGAGGACACUUUCUGCAACAUGAAAGAUUUUAAUUACAUCCGCAGCGCUCUGGAGGACAUCAGACUGGACGGAAAUCCCAUUAACCUGAGCAAGACCCCUCAGGCCUACGUCUGCCUGCCACGCGUGCCUGUAGGAGACCUGGUCUAA